GCGCGGCACAGGCCUGGGGCACAUCGUCCUCGGCAUGACAAACUUUCUCGAGCUCGCACUCGCCUCAGACAGGGCAGUGCGCUUCGCCUUCUGCGCGCCGCGCCGGCUGAAUGAGCACUUUGCGCCGCCACCACCCAUGUGCGACGGCGUGCACUUUGACCUCCUCCGCCACAUCACUUUCGAGGGUCUGCCUUCCCUCCGGGCGACGCGCCGGGCGUGGAACGCGGUGCAGCGCAUGCCAGCUAAGCGAGCGUACGUCCACACGGGCGAGUGGCAUGACCCGCAGCGGCGGCUGGCCGUCUACCGGAAGCCGACGUGCAAGGGCGUGAUUGCCGCGCUCCGCAGCAACUUCAGCACCGUCCUGAUCCACCUCGCGCCCAACAAGCAUGUCCUGGAUUGCCUCCGCAGCCGAGCCGGCGUCAAGAAGAUCUGCCCGAAGACCGCGCCGCCGUCGUGCGCCGACAUGAAGGACGACAGCUCGCCUUGCCUCCGCCUCAUUCGGCCGCAUCCCAGGCCAGACGUAGCCGAGAGAGAUACCACCCGAACAUCGCGCCUACGUUCGCCCCUUGCCCUCUCGCCGUAGGCUCCUGGUGCGACACGAGAUCCCACCCUGCGACGAAGGGCUGCACCUCCGUUCUUUGUCGAUCGACGCCGCGCACUGCUCAAUCGAAAACACCUGCAACAGCGGCAGCAGCACGAACCGCGACGUGCCGCCGAAGGACCUCGAGCUCUGCAACGCGCCCCCGGGCUCUAAGCGCGUCCCGAUGCCACAGUCGAUCUCACGCUGCUCAUCCGGCCGGCGCUUUGCCACCUCCGACUCGCCGGCGCUGUACACGCAGCUCACGCGCCCGCGUGGCUUCGUCGACCUCAACGAGACGGCGGCGGCGUCAAAGUACGGAAGCCAGGACUACACUGACAGCGGCUUGAUGGAGAAGACCGUCCUCGCCUGGCUCACCCUCACGAGAUGCCGCCGCGCCAUCGUAUCGCCCGUACCGUCUGCCUUUAGCAGAUCGGCGGCGAUCGUCGCGCAGGUGCCGCUUCUCUUUUGCUGCGGCGAGCCCGGAGGAAGCCGAGCAGGAAGUUACUUCGCCUUGCGCGCCUCGACGCCGCUAACCCUGGACGCGCUCGGUAAUUAAACUGAUAAACAACGUGAGCGGUCCUCACCGGUGUCACCAGAAGUAGAGGGUGCGCAGCGUCCUAAUCUAAAAUCUGAGGAUUUGGGAUUC